AUGGGAGACACGUCAGACGAUCCCGUGUCGGAAACUACAACCCUGGCAACGUUGCUGCAGGUGCCGACGGAAGAAUGUGGAAACAACAUCGACCCUGAAACACGGCUAGUGCAAGAAAACGAAAAACAGCCCGAUGACGACAACGAUGACGACAACGACGACGACACUGCCGCCGCCGCCGCCACGAAAGAAGAACCUGCGUUUUUGCCUCCGAAGCGCUCGAAAAAGAGAUUGACGUUGCAGGAGAGGUUGGCUCAAGCAGCCAAGGGCAAAAAGAAAGCCGCUGGUGGGGCUGCUGCCACGGCUACGGCCACGGCGAAAGUUUCAAAUGGCGAGCUGUCAAACGCCUCUUAUUUCACUACGUCUGCGAAUACAAGCGUCGAUGACGUGACUGCCACGGGUGAUCAAGAGCAAGCUGAACCAGCCGAGUCGCAAAAUGAUCAAAAUGAUCUCAAGCACAAGGACAAGCUCGAGUUGGAGUUGGAGUUGAAGAAACUACAAACGGAGAAUGCUAAUCUCACUGAGCAGUUGUCGUUGUUGAAAAAGAGCAAAGGCUCGAGCAAGGAAUUAAGCGAGCUUCAGGCUACCAUUGCCCAAAAGGACGAAACGAUCAAGCAGUUGAUGAAGGAAGGAGAAACGUUGUCCCAUAAGGAGUUGAAGUUGAACGAAACCAUCAAGAAGCUCAAAUCGACAAACCAAACCUUGGAAGAAGACAUGGCUGAAUUUGCCAAGAAGCACAACGAGUCGUUGGUUAAGCUGGAGGAGUUGCAGGAUUUCCUCAAAACACACAAGUUGAAAAACGUUGACCAACUAAUAUCAAAAUUCGCCGAGAUUUCGGAAAACUUGCACCAUGCUCGCGCCGAGAAUGAAGCGCUGAAAAGCUUUCAAUCCAAGUACAAGGAUCUCCUACUAGUAUACGAAGAGGUCAACGUUGCCAAGCAGGAGAUACUGAAGGAGCUCAACGGCGUCAAGAUUGAGUUUGAGAUGCUGAAGAAACAGCACGAGCUUGACCUCGCAUCGAAAGACGGCCAGCUAACGUCCCUCAAGAACGACUUGAGUCACGCUAAACAAAGCUACUGCGACGAGAUAAGCCGGCUUGAAGAAAAGAUUGAGCAACUAAGGUUGGAUCGAGAAGUGCAGAGCGAAACAAGCAGUCGCGUCAAGGCCGAUGAAAAAGUCGAUUUCGACGACUUUAAAAAGCUCUCGGAUGCUCAUCAUACACUUCAGAAGCAGUAUUUGAACUCGCAGGAAAACUGGAAGAUUAUGGAAUCCAACUUGGCGCUCAAGGCGGAUACCUUGACGACAUCGUUGGAAGCAACCAAAAAGGCAAAACUCAAAAUAUCAAACGAAAUCCAAAGGGCCAACUCUACAAUACAAAAGCAAGCUCAAGAAAUGCAACAACUUCAAGCUAAAAUCGACAAGGACCAGUCUCGAAUAAACGAGUUGGAAUUGUCGUUUAACCUCAAAUCAAACGAUUUGCAGGACUUGAACGAGAAAAUGGAAAAGCUCAAGUCGGUCUACAACCAAGAACGGGCAAACCUCAAUUCCAAAGUUCAGCAAUUGACAGAUAGCUUGGAGCGGCAAAAGGAACAAAAGAGGCCGGAGCCUUUGAAGUUCGACUCGAGAAUGAGAGUAAACUCAUCUAGUUCGGCAUUUUCCGGCUACAGCUGGAACGAUAUCAGGCUAGGGGAAUCUUCGCAGACUCCCGCGCUCAACAGAGAGGACGGCGUCUUUUUAAACAACAGCCACAAUCUCUCGCUGAGCUCAUUUACGGAGAUUGGAGACGAGAUCUACGACCGCGACCAGUACCUGAACAUCGUGUCGAGCCAAUUGGGCUCGCAAUUGGGUGCAAACGGCCAAGGCGAACCGCUACCCCACAAUGCGCUAUUCGGUAUCCCGUCUUCGUCUCAUGGCAACAGCAACAACUUGCAGUUGGUCAACAAGAUGAGCUCGACGAUUCGAAGAUUGGAAAUCGAGCUACACACGUUGAAAGAUGAAAACUCCAAAUUGAUCCAGGAAAAAGAGCAACGAGAACAGGAGUUGUUGGCGUCGAUCAAGUUGAAUGACGAAGUUGCUGCUUUGAAAAGCCAAGUUGGUGAACUUGAGAACACGAUUGAGGAGAACAAAAUCAAGGAGCAGACCAUGUUGGAACUCAUUGGCGAAAAGUCGGAGCAGGUGGAAGAGUUGAAAGCUGACGUGGUUGAUCUCAAGGAGUUGUGUCGGAGUCAAGUGCAGCAAAUGGUUGAACUACAGGGUUUUUAG